GGACGUGCCCGAGCGAGUGGCGUUUUGCUUUUUAUUUACCCGCACAGCAGUGGACUAGCAGAAAACAGCAAAAGGUGCAAAUCGAGCGCACGCUGACGCUGGGUUUCGUGCGCGUGUGACCGCUCGUGUGUGUGUGUGUGUGUGUGUUUUAUUUUCCACACUGAAAUCGCUUGCAAAACAAAACAAAAAUCCAUCGCUGCGGCAAAAGCGGCAAUUCGUGCCAGGCGGCGGCGGCGGCCAUCCCGGCAAAGUAAUGUAACACGCCACGGUGCAGUGGAAAGCGACCUCGGAAAACUCGGCACCAUCAACCACUGUGCUUCUCCAUCGGUGACACGCUGGAAAAGGGGCAGUACAAGACCUGCCGAAGGGAAAAACGGCACCAACCCCCGUAUGCCCUUUGUUCAAAGCGCGCACAAAACGUAAAAUGUAAAUUUAUUACCAUUAGGCGCAAAACAUAAAACAGAUAGCGCGCGAUGAGAGGGCGUGUGUGUGUUUGUGUGUGUGUGUGUUCUGAGGGUGUUUGCUUCGGUUUCCUCAAUAAAAGCGAGCUCGUAAAUCCAGUCCGCCGUGUGUAUGUGGCGGGGCAGGCAAAUGCAUUUUCCGAUCAAAGCGUGCAUCAGAGCCGUCUCAGGUCAUGACAGACAUUCCGAGACUAUAAAUUUGUGUAUGUUUCCCCCCCCCCCCCCCCCCGUGUUUCCCGUCGCUCUGUGUUUGUGUUUUUCCUCACCCACAAACCACGACCCUCAUCCCGUCAGAGACACACUGACACACCGAGCGGGGGUUCCGAUGCGAUAGGCGGCCAACGGGGGAACGGCACAGCAGCAGCAGCAUGAGCUACACGGCCGAGGAGAAGAUAAAGCUCGCGGGCGAAGACUCGAAGGACCGGCUGUACGAGGCGAAACAGAACCAGAAGGCGAUACGCAUCCUGACGGUGGCGGCGUACGUGCUGUGCGUGUCGCUGGUCGCCAUCAUGCUGUCGCUCUACUACAUCUUCUUCUGGGAUCCGAGCACGAACCCGAUGCAGCAGAAAACGCAAACGAUCGAUACCCUUAUCAUACCGGACCAUCUGGCGAUCCGGCUGGCGAACCGCAGCGAGGUGCCGGCGAGCCGCUUUUUCCACACCUUCUACCAGCACCUGGUGCAGGAUCGCGUCGUCAAGAUCCGGAAGGAGGUGCAGAUCUCGGAGUCGACCAAUCUCACCAAACUGAUCGAGCUGUACCAUCAGCAGCAGCAGCAGCAGCAGCAGCAGCAGCAGCAGCAGCACCGUCCGGGCAAGCAGUCGCCGCCCGACGGUCCACUCUCCUACCAGGUGCAGGCGGAACAGCAGCCAGGCUCGGCCGCUAGCGAUGGGCCCCGGCUGCACACGGACGAGGACGACGGUAGCGACGAUUACGAGCAGAGCGGCAACUACGAGCUGUACUCCAACCACACCACCAUCCAGCUCGAUGCCGAUGAAACCGGGCCGCAAUGAGAGGUCAUUCUCGCUGCAUUGCUUGGAGCCCGCAGACGCACCCCCGGCUUAGUGUGCUGCACACACACACACACAGCGGAUUACAGUACAGGAUUAGUCACGACUAUCUCUCACACACACACACGCAUCUUGGUGCGGAACUAUACAUACAGGAAUUGCGCGCACACGUUUUCGUACGAUUUUAAUGCACCAAACACCACCACCCCCCGCACGUAACUGCUACAAACUGAGGAAGAGGAAACAAUUAUUAUAUACCUAUAUAAAUAUAUACAUAUAUACACGGCACCGACGGCAGUACAGGGAAGGUAUGCGCUGCGAGAGGUGGCAUGAGGGACAGACGAGCGCGGGCGCGUAUCCGGCGCAUGGUUUGUUGCGCACGCCUGGGGAGGAAGGAAAACGCGUGCUACCAGUGGAGUAGAGUGUAACUUUGUGGCCUAAAACCGAAUUAACGUGCGUGCGUGUGUGUGUCACUAGCCCAACCAAAUGUGGGGAACGCAAAACAAAAAUCAAAUCUCCAAAACAGACACACUUUCCCAACCCAUCCGAGCGGACCGUGCCAAGGCCGCGCGGCGGAAGAUGAGUUGGGCGGGCAACUCUUGCAAUAAACUGCACACCCAGGAUGUACGGGGCAGGUAGGGAAGGGGGCACCAUACAAAGACAGCAGCUAUCGGUUGUACCUUCAACCCCCCCCCCUCCGCGCCCUUUGGGCGUUUUCCUCUCCCGCGAAUGUUUUAAACGUGAAGAUAUUUAACUAUAUUAACGGAUAGCGUUUUAGUACCUUUUUGGACGAGCUAGCAAGUUUAUAGCGAGCGAGAGAGAGAAAGAGAGAGGGUGUGUGAGUGUGUGUGUGGAGAGAGAGAGAGAGAGAGUAUAGUUGUUCUCCUGUUUGAUUGUAGAGCCCUCUAGGAGCACGUGGUUAGAUAGUAGACACCACCGGAACAACAGGUCUUUUCUGCAUCCGCUGCCUGUCAUCCGGUUCGAGCGUAGAGCGAUUGCAGCACCAGCAGCAGCAGACCAUUACACCAAAGAAGAAUGCUUUAGGGAGCUUUGUUGAAGGUAGCACACAUUUACCAAUGGAGGCACACUUGAUUGAUUGAGGAGCUCGUUCGACAGCAGCAGCAGCAACAGCACUUCGGCAUGAUUGUAUUUCUAUUUAGCCUAUACACACACACUCACACCCACAGACACACACACAUACCCAUAGGUAUCACAACCCAGCAACAGCAGCAUGAAACCCAACAAUGAAACCGAACAAAAACCGUACUCAACAUUUGACUUGUAUGAAACAAUAAAGAGUUUUUCGUUUUACUCUGCA